AUGGGCUGCGGCGUCUCCCGCCUCCCCGACGACCGCGACGAUCGCGCGACGUCGCAACAACGUACGCCGCCGCGACGUUCCAUCGCCGCCGGACCCGUCUUCGAGCACUACGUCGCCACGCACCACGGCGGCAGGGUCCACCCCGUGACGUACGAUUACGAUUCCGACGACGAAACGCAGCCGUGGCUUCCCCGGGAGGAGCGGAGGGUGCUGCGGAUCCUCGCCGAGAGACGCGGGGAGUUCGCGUCCCGCGCCGAGGUGCGCGCGAUUCAAAAGGCGUACCUCGAGACCCUGCGCGAGUACGCGGCGGGCGAUUACGCCAACGCCACCGUCGGCGUUUCCACGCGCGCGCUCGCUCGAUGGCAUCCGGGUCUUCGGGAAAACCCCCUGGCGCGGCGCGUCGUCGCAACCUUCGACGAGACGACGCACGGAGCGAUGUCGCUGACGAGGCGAACUCGGAUGGCGGAGGGACUGGUGCGAAGGUUCGACGCCAACGGCGACGGGGGACUGGAGAUGAACGAAUUUCUCAACCUGCUGAACGCGGAGGACUACCUCGGCAGGUUCACCGUCGAGAUGUACGCGUUCGACGGCGCGAGCCCGCCUCGGAAGCCGAGGAAAACGUACCUGUGA